AUUGACUUUGACUUUGAGGUGUCGGUGGCCUGCCUGACGGAGCGCAUCCACCAGAUGGAGGAGAACCAGCACAGCACGGCGGAGGAGCUCCAGGCCACUUUACAGGAGCUGUCCGACCUGCAGCAGAUCACCCAGGAGCUGAACGGGGAGAACGAGCGCCUGGGCGAGGAGAAGGUGAUCCUCAUGGACUCCCUGUGCCAGCAGAGCGACAAACUGGAGCUGUACGGCCGGCAGAUCGAGUAUCUACGCUGCCUCCUGGAGGAACACCACAUCUCCUACAGCCUGGAGGAGGACAUCAAGAGCGGACGCUACCUGGAGCUGGAGCAGCGAUACGGAGACCUGGCAGACAACGCCCGCUUCGAGAGGGAGCAGCUGCUGGGCGUUCAGCAACAUCUGUCCAACACCUUAAAGAUGGCCGAGCAGGACAACGCCGACUCCCAGGAGAUGAUCGGAGCGCUGAAGGAGAGGAACCACCAGAUGGAGCGCAUCAUGGAGUCAGAGCGGCAGGGCCGAGCCGCCAUGGGAGCGGCGCUGGAGGAGUAUAAGAUGGCGGUGAGCAGCGACCAGGCGGAGCUGAGUCGCUGCAGAGCUCAGCUGGACCAGGAGAGGCAGAGGGUCGCAGAGCUCUACUCCCUCCACUCGGCGGGGGACAAGAACGAUAUCUGCCAGCUGCUGGAGGGCGUGAGGCAGGGGAAGGAGGAGGCGGAGGCUAAGGCUGCGAAGCUGCAGGAGGAGCUGGAGAAAGCUCACAGUGAACUCACACGCCUGCAGGAGACCUUCAGUAAGGUGAGUCAGAGCCUGAGUAGGGAUGCAUCGUAUUCAAACUCACCUUUUCACUCUUUCCUUCAACUCCUAAUCCUCUAA